GAUAUACUUAUCCGUCUUCAUCGGGCUUCAUGCCGAUAUUUGCCCCUACUCAAUUAGCCUAACAUCACUUCCAAUGGUAUUUCGGUAUCGUAUCGGAAUUCCAUAUGCAUCAAUGUCGGCACACGACGAAAUAUGGAACCCUGAUACUGCAUCGAGUUCUAAGCUGGAGACCUGGCGUUCAUGUGAAAAUUCGGGACGUUGCCCCACCAAUCCUGGAAAGCGCAGAGCAAGUGUUAUUCCAUAUCACUGCUCAUGAUCAUACUUCGCGUAUAUGAAAUGGCAGAUGUUGUAUUUAGCACAUCAUAGAGUUUCAAGAUGGCGAAACACGAAAUUGACGCUUUCUCACGUGCACACACCAAUUCCCCACCGAGUCAUCAUCCAGCGAAUUGCGAUUAUCGAUAUCGGCUUUCAGACAAUCACAAUCUCUCUGUCUGAUAUCUACAACCAAGAACCCGAAAUCGAAUAUUAUCAUGCCUCCGAGUGGCACGGCGGGAAACUUGAGCCAGCUCCCACCGGAAAUGCUCGACUUCGCCAUCCUCAAAAGCAGCGGAGCCUUAGCCCCGCGUCUCGGACGCCUGGCUGUCUCGGGGCGAAAGACUACCCUGACCCCCGCCUUCAUCGGCAACACAUCUCGAGGAAUUAUCCCACAUAUAUCUCAGGAUAACUACUCAAAAUGCGGCGUGGACGGGGUUUACAUCCCCCUUGAGGACUUCGUCGAGAAAUACCCUCAGAAAACACCUCCAAUAUUCCAGCUCGAAGCGCCAGAGCCUCUACGUACAUUCAAUGCUCUACCCAAUGACUCCCUCGUUAUACUCGGCCCUCGUCGCAACCCACCCAUCGCGACCCCAAACGGCCACACCAAUUCCGAAGUCUCAAUUUUGACAUCUGUAGGCUUCAGGAUGUUGAGCUCCGAGUACUACGCUGCAGCCGCGCGCAAACUUCAACCAGACAUCGUCAUUGGACUCGCAGACAUCCCCUUCGGACAAGCGCGCGUGGGCAUAAAACGCAAGGACAAGAUGAGCGACAGGACGGAAGUCUGGCUGCGCGAUAUUAUUGCAAAACAAGCUACAAUUGAGAAGGAAGAGCGGAAAUUCAACAUAUUUGCGCCUAUUCUGCCGAUUGAGCGGGAUGUGCAGUCGUGGUAUCUAGAACACUUACUAGACGAUAUGGUGGACAAGAUUAGCGGCGUGGCCAUCUACGAUGCGUACCUCCUCGACGACCUGCCAGACGAACUACACCACCUCCCCCGUCUAUCUUUUCACGUGCCGAGUAGCCCGCACGAAGUGCUUCGACAGAUCGGCUUGGGUGUGGACAUUCUCACCGUUCCAUUCGUCACAACCGCGACGGACGCCGGCAUUGCGCUCGACUUCACGUUCCCACCGCCAUCCGAAAAGUCGCAGGACAAUGUGCGGCAAGCUCUCGGCGUGGAUAUGUGGGAUUCUGAUCUAGCGACAUCUGUUACGCCUUUGUCAAAAGAUUGCGCUUGCUAUGCCUGUGCUAAGCACCACCGCGCAUACAUUCAGCAUUUACUCUCCGCGAAGGAGAUGUUGGGCUGGGUGUUGAUUCAGAUCCACAACCACGCCGUGUUAAAUGCUUUCUUCGAGGCAGUCCGCGUAUCGAUUGAACGUGGCUCCUUCGAUGCAGACGUGGAGGCUUUUGCGGCAUUUUAUGAACCCCAGUUGCCCGAGAAGACCGGUCAAGGUCCUCGGGUGCGAGGGUAUCAGUUUAGCAGUGGGGAUCACGCACGUAGUGAGCGCAAGAACCCAAGGGCGUUCAAGAAGUUCGACGAGGAGAAGAUUCAGCAGUUGAAGGCGGCGCAUGGGCAGUUGGUGGGAGAAAAACCAGAGGUGAGGGAUGUGAUUGAUGAUGAAGCUUUGGUGGGGCUCGUUGGGAUGGGGGACGAGGACCUAGAGGUGCGUCUGGACGGUGUGAAGAUAGAUGUCGGAAAAGUGUAG